AGUGGUUUCAGUAGCCGUAAACCAAACUGAAGGAAGCGGAUCUACCACCACCAAAGCCACUGAACGUUACCUUCAAUUUCACAUUUCACCAAAUUCCAAUUUCGUUUGAGAUCCCAAACAAUCACACAGAGAGAUGGAGAUCGAGCUCGAUCAAUUGCUCGCCGAUCUUCAAUCUCUCGAUCAUUCCGAUCCAUCCUCUCUCCGCGCUUCGCUCGAUCAGAUUCAAUCGCGCGUUGAGAAUCUCGCUAAUGUGGCUAGGUCUGGACCUGUUCGACGCCCCAAAGUUGAGGAUAUGAGUUCUGAGGUGGUGGAUAGCAAUCCGUACAGUCGGCUCAUGGCGCUUCAGAGAAUGGGUAUUGUGGAGAACUAUGAACGGAUACGGGAUUUCUCCAUUGCCAUAGUUGGAGUAGGUGGUGUGGGAAGCGUUGCAGCUGAGAUGCUAACUAGAUGUGGUAUAGGUCGACUUUUGUUGUAUGAUUAUGACAAAGUGGAGCUUGCAAAUAUGAAUAGACUCUUCUUUCGUCCAGAUCAGGUUGGCAUGACUAAGACAGAUGCAGCUGUACAAACUCUUUCAGAUAUAAACCCUGACGUGGUGCUUGAGAGCUAUACAUUGAAUAUCACAACAGUUGAUGGCUUUGAAACCUUUGUGUCAUCUUUGAAUAAUAAGUCAUUUUGCCCCAGUAAAGAAGGUACUGGUGUGGAUCUUGUCUUAAGCUGUGUGGAUAAUUAUGAAGCAAGAAUGGCCGUUAACCAGGCUUGUAAUGAACUGAGCCAGACAUGGUUGGAAUCAGGUGUUUCUGAGGAUGCUGUUUCUGGUCAUAUUCAAUUACUUAUUCCUGGUGAAACUGCGUGUUUUGCAUGUGCACCUCCUUUGGUUGUAGCUUCUGGUAUAGAUGAACGUACACUCAAGCGUGAAGGGGUCUGUGCUGCAUCUUUACCAACCACCAUGGGGGUUGUUGCUGGGCUUCUAGUUCAAAACACGCUAAAAUUCUUGUUAGGUUUUGGUCAAGUCUCUCCUUAUUUGGGAUAUAACUCCCUUAAGGAUUUUUUCCCCACUAUGCAAAUGAAGCCAAACCCUCAAUGUUCAAAUGCAGCUUGCUUAAAGAGACAGGAAGAGUACAUUCUUGCAGAGCCAGCAAGAGAUGCUGCUGCAAAAGCAAAAUUGGAGGCUGAACCACAAUCAGUUGAGGAAGGUCCCCUUCAUGAGGAUAAUGAGUGGAAUAUAAGUGUCGUUGAUGACAAUGAGCCGGAAGGUGUUGAUACCAAAAGCUCAGAUGUCCUACCUGAAGGUCUCACUCGUGAAUUUCCUAGUGCGGAUGAGUCUCCGAGCCUGGAUACUUCUGAAGCUCCUGUAACUGAUGAUGAUGACCUUGAUGCUCUGCAAAAGCAACUUGAAGCCCUUAAUUCUGCAUAGUGUCAAGUAUAGUUUUUUCAAAUUACUUACUAAAAAUCCCUUUUGAGUUUAAACUGUUCAGGCAAACCCGUUUACUUUAACCUGGAUUCCUCUGUUUUACUUGACAGUUUUGCUGAUUGAGUGUAGAUUGUUGCUUUGAGUUAUACACAUUGUAUCAUUCAGAAUGAUGUUCAUAUAUAUAUCCCAGCUGGAUUUGUACUUUUAA